CAACCUCAUUUUUUUUGCUUCAAUCCAAUUCCUCUUUUUUUGUAGCAGACAAUAAUCAAAGCUCCUCCAUGUUGAGUUUCUUUCACCUUAGUACCUGAGGGGAUCUUAACAGACUACUUUUUUGAAUUUGAAUAGUUGUUCUUAUCUCUGCAGCUAGAGUCUAGAGAUCUUGUUAUUCCAUAUACAUCAUCAAAACUUGUGUACCAUUCUUCUCUUUGAUAUUUCCAAAAUUUUCUAUUGUUGGGUCUUUUUCCUUUUCUUUUUGUAGUUUUGUGUGCUUCCUAUCUAAUUUCUCCCUAGCCUCUAGACACAAAUUCAUUUUUCUCUUCUUUUUGUUGCAUAAAGUUUCUUUGGAAAAUUUGAGGUCUCUAUGGCUAUGGUUACCUUCAAAUCAACUAGCAAGGCCAACCUCUCACAAACGUUUCCCUGUGACAAUAACAAGAACCGUGAUGCCUCCUUUUCUUCAUACUUGAGUAGCAAUGAGGAAACCCUUGUACGUAAACUUGUUGAUCAGUCAAGUGAGGAACAUAACAAUCACUUGGGAACAAAGAAGGAAGAAGAUGAAGAAAUUGGAGUAUUUGGAGCUGAAAAGUACUUCAAUGGAGUAAUGGACGAGGAGACUAGCCCAAAAAGCGGCAGCAGCUCAAAGAAUUACCAUCAUAACAAAGAGAAACGAGUUCAACCUGGAACUCCAAGUGUUCGUUCUGAAACAAGUUGGAACAGCCAAACUUCUCUAUUGCAAAGCCGGUUGAGAAAUCCUUAUCAGAGUAAUACAAGCAGGGCACAGAGACAGAAGAAGAAUUUUUUUGCGAGCCUUGGUUGCAAAUGCUCUUGUUCGGAUAAGAAUUCGGUUGAUGUCGAUGAACAUGUUGGUGAAAUCAGUUUCAAGAAGAAUAAUGGUGCUGCUAACAGUGGAACAUUAGUCCAUGGCAAAGCAAGCACAACAAGCCCCAUUAACAAUAAACCUGCAGCUGUAGUAGACCUUGUUGGUGAAGCUCUUGUUGAGAUGAACAACAGCCAAAAGCUUGAUAAGUUGGGAGUUGGGUUGAGCAGAGAAAACUGUUUUACUUUCCCAUCUUCAAAACCUGGGAUGGGGAGUUUGCCAGUGAAGAUGCCUUUUCAAGAAGAUGAAGAAGCAGAGAAAGUGAGGAAAUCUCUGGAGGUGUUUGGUUCUCCUGUGUUUGAGAAAAGGAACAGGUCUCUAGGCCUUGACAAAAGGCUAACAAUGUUGCCUUGGGAUGAGUUUCCUGCAAACUCUGGUGGAGUGAUAUACAAUAAUGAGUCAGAUAGUGAUGCAAGUUCAGAUCUUUUUGAGAUAGAGAGCCUCACAGGCAAAGCCAACCCAUGCAUGACCCCAACAACUUGUUAUGCCCCAAGUGAGGCAAGCAUAGAGUGGAGUGUGGCCACUGCCAGUGUUGCUGAUUUCUCUGUGACGUCAGACUCUGAAGAUCUGCAAAGGCUAAGUCCAAUGAAAAUGGUUCCAAACAACACCAGAAAUGCCAAAACAAGAAUGAACAAAGAGAUUCCAAGGCAUCGUCCCGCGGCUCUAUUGGGUUGUAAGAGCCAAAAAGCUGUCAAAAUUGCAGGAGAUGCCCACAAAACAUAUCAUCAUGAGAAGACCAACUUUGACCAACAGAUGAUGCGCCGCAACAGGCCAGAAUCAUUCGUGCCAGCGACAAGGUUUCAAGCUGAGACGUCCCCUAAUAAGUUGACGGGCUUUGACUCAAGAGUACAAGGGCAGCAUGUUCUUGCAGCACGGUCUCGUUCGCAUUCACCACAUGCCUCACAUCUUUUGUUCAUGUAGUGAAUUAAAUCUAAUAGUUAUUAAGGUAGUACAUAUAGUGUGUGAUCAUAAUAUUCUCUAGAAUCUCUAGUACCAUGUAUGAUUAAAUAUUUUUUCCUGAUCUGUAGUAGUGAUUAAUUCCAAAAGUUGAUCUAGUUGCUUCUUUAA